CCAACCAUGCCAUAUGCAAGCAAACGACAAUUUGGCAUAACCGUCUUCUGCCUGAGUAUCAGACUCAUCAGUGGACAACCGAAAUGCUAUUAUCCGGAUGGCACAUUGUCGACAACCGACUCGCCAUGCAAUAAUUCCGCAGAGUUUUCAGCGUGCUGUAAGAGUUCGGCAUACUGUCUAUCCAAUGGGCUCUGCCUAGAAAACGGAAUCCUCAAUCGUGAGAGCUGUACAGAUCAAAGCUGGACGUCGAGUUCUUGUCCACAAUACUGUAAAAAUGAAGCCUCAAAUAAACCUUGCCCAUUAAUGCCCUGCACAAACACAACUUUCACCUGCGGUCUCUACCCAAACGACUGUGCCGCUUCAGGCACGACCUUCGAAAUCAAAGACCUCCGACCCACAGCACCUCUCCAUCCCACCACCACCACCACCAAUAACAACGCCUCAUCACCAAUAUCAUCCUUCACAUCCCCCGAAAUCGCAGGCACAGCCGUAGGAAUCGCUCUCCCUCUCCUCCUCAUCAUCGCCCUCCUCACCUACCUCCUCUACCGAGAAAAGGGUCGCAAUCGAGCUAUACAACUUCAUAAUGACCAGGCGCUGUAUUACGGGUCUGGCGCCUCGCCGCUCUCGCCUGGUGUGAGAGAGAUUAAUACUUGUAGUUGGAGUGCUUGGUCGGCGAGGAGGGAAGGUGAUGUUUUGGAGAGGAUUCGGGAAUUGGAACCUGCGGCGAGGAGGGAGAGUAGUCAUCAUUCUGUUAGGAUUUUCUGAUGGGACGAGAAAGAGAGAGAGAGGUGAAAUGGAGGGUCGACUGGAAUUCUCCCAUGCUUGGUUGGUGGGGAAUUGCAUGCUUGGAUUUCAGGCACAUGGCUCGCUGACAUACAUAUUUUCGCAUCUCUAACUGCGGAUGCUGGCAUUCUGGGUUGGAGAGGAGGGGGAAGGUAAUGUCUGCCAGGCUUCGACUUCGACUGGAGAGAAUGAGGAGGCAGGGAGUCGAAAGCCGAGCUAUCAACGUGUCCAGAGAAUAUGAAGGCCAUACUUGUACUGCCUAAGAGUUGGACAGCUAUUUGCGGACUCUAGUGUAGGCUCAUAGGAAAUAGACACGAUUAACGAUCUUACGUGAAAGAAAGGCGUCAUAUCUCAAUCAAACGGCACUCUCCUGAGUUCUCCUCCAGACCCAUGUUUUUGAGCUUCCUGUCUCGCACCAACAGCACUAGGCACCUUAAUCCCACAGCAAUCUCCCCAGCUACUAGAGCUGUGCACAUGCUUCAUGCCAUCAACAGUGACCUCAUAUUCUCCCACAUCCUCGUCUCCAACCCUCUCCUCAGCGUCCUUGCUCAUCUCCUCCAACGCUGGCAAAAGACUUCCAAACAAGAAAUGCUGCGCGACAGGCAACUUGCCCAGGACU